AGCCGACACCACCACAAACCCAAACUCACACAGCGCCCGGUGGAGAGAGAGGGAGAGAGAGAGAGAGAGAGAGAGAGAGGGAGGAGGAUGAGAAACGGAGAGGUGCACACGGACAGAAGGCACCUACGACGCCAGUGGGCUAUAAUGGAGGACGCUCACUAGCGGAUAUCGGCCGUGGUGAUCCGAAAUGCUCCUUCUCGUUUCCCCGCAGAGGAGGGAUAUGACAAGCCGCCUGAGCAAGCCGGGAGAUGAGAUUCACACAGUUCCGGAGACCCUCUUCCUCCUCCAGUGAGCUCAAACAGUCCGCCUGGGAGCCGCGGGGCGCACAGCUCUCAGCCGCUCCAGCUCAACUGAGGAUUGAAGAAAUUUGGCUCUUUCUGUGUCUUUUUUAACUUGCUGGAGCUCUGCAGGUCCCCGGAGGGCAGGGUGGUCUCACCAUGAGGGCUGUUUCGGCAAACUUGUUCGCUCUCCUUUUCCUGUGCGCCCUUGCAAGUGUUUUCUACGUCUGGAGCGCGCUGGAGACCCGUUUGGAGCGACACAAACGGAGGUUCUCCGCACCGGGCGGAGGGGCUUUUCACCAGGGGCUCCCAGCGGACCUCUCUGCCAAAACUUUCCGGGUUUUGCUCGCUGUCCCACCGGCACAAAGACCCCACUUGGGGGGCAGACUUGAGGCUCGCAACCUCACCGAUCAAACCGUCCCCGCAGGAAGUCGAGAUUACCAUGUGAAUGGGGAUAACAAGAGGUCAGCCCAGCGGGUGGGCUCGGUCAAGUUAGGCUCCCCGGUGGAGGAUGGGAUAUUUUGGAGUGAACGGCUGGAGGAUCUCCUUCGUGUGGGCUUCACAGAGGAAUAUGCUCGCGCGUGGCGAGAGGCAGCCAGGACAAACCGGAUAGUGAGUCUGGAGCCGGGAUGCGGCAGGAUAUCUAAUCAGCUCGCCACUUUUGCAGAUGGGACCAAAGCGUGCGUGCGUUACGGAAUAAACGCGGACCAGGUGCAAGGAGAAACUCUGACAUACUACCUUGCCAGUUUGUUAGGCAUCACAAACGUGCCCCCUCUAAUAUUGUCCCAGGUGAACGGAGACAGUGAGCAGUGGGCGGCUGUGAGGACGCGGAUAGACGGGUUGCAGUGGAGCGAUCGGGCCGUGGUUUCUCUCACCGAGUGGGUCUCCAACCUGACCGGGGUGGUCACACCUGCGCCGCUCCGGCAGGAGAGCAGCGGGCUGCAUCCUGUGCUCAAGGAGCUCUGGAACAAGACGACGGAGGAGCUGCUGGAGCUGAUGCAGUGGAGCGACCUGAUCAUAUUCGACUACCUGACUGCAAACUUCGACAGACUCGUCAGCAAUCUGUUCAGCCUGCAGUGGGAUUCGCGCGUAAUGGAGAGGGACACCAACAACCUGCUGAAGACAGCCCGCGGUGACCUUGUAUUCAUAGACAACGAGGCCGGACUCGUGCACGGCUUUCGGGUGUUGAACAUGUGGGAGAAAUAUCACAGCACAGUGCUGAACUCUGUGUGCGUGUUCAGAAGGAGGACCACGCAGCGCGUGGCGGAGCUGCACAGGCGCAGAGACUCCAGGAAAAGGCUCCUGGAGCUCUACAGGGACAGCGAGCCUUUGUCUCCGGAAUUAGGAUUUCUCUCCGACGAGCAUGCGGGCGUUCUCCAGGACAGGAUAGACAGAUUAUACAGACACAUUGUGCACUGUAAAGGGAAGUACAGCCAGCUGUGAACAUUCAGCACGCACAGGUGACGGAUUUGCUGCCUGCGCGGUAUAAUGAGCUCUGCGAACACGGCUGGCACACCUGUGCUAAACUGAUGCGCAUUACACAAAACUGUCUUGAGUAUCCAGCAGAACUACCUCUUGUGAAUAGAAUGUGUUGCCUACUUUAUACAUAAUUUGACACAUGUUUAUAAGCUCCCCGAUGAGAUUUUCACUGUAUGCCUCACAGAAGAGAGAUGGUUAAGGCCAGUUGAUCCCGUCUUUCACUCCACUGAUGCUCACCUGAAUAGGAUUAAUUGUAAAAGAGUAGGCUGUGUUCGUGACUAGGGGUUAACAUAACGAAGCCCUUCAUGCGUGUGUCUGGAUUCUUGCCUUGUGUCUUGCCUAAGCCUUAACAUAAUCUGACUCUUGGAUACUGUAUUUCUGUUGACAUCUGGCUCCCCCGUUUUUUAUAGAAAAUGUUUGCACAGUACAUCAUCACAGCUGCACCUGCACUCCUGUAAAUGUGUUUGGAUUGCAUAUUCAGCCUUAAAGUCACAGGUGUGUCAUAUCCAUUGUACAUGUUGUAAGUACACUGUAAAUAUUGUCUGUCGACCUGUUUUGGGAGUUUGAUGCUCCGCUAAUUUAAUGUGCAUUGUAACAUUCCAAGAUCUCUUGUCCUUUUUGAUAAACUCAAUGUAAUUUAAUUUAACCGUUGUCAGACUU